AUGUGCUUAUCUGAUUGUAGUCAAAACUUUAACCACGACAAUAUCAAUAUGGAAGAAAUAUUUUGUCAGAAACAGCAGUCCAAUGAGCACACCAGAUCUCAUGAGCGGUGGAUAUCAGAAGCUAAAGUGUUGGAGACAGUCCACCUCAGAGCGCCAGAGAGAACAGUUAAGAUUGGUUUGAAAACCAAGAGGUACGGUGAAAGAAAAACUUGGCGGUGGAGAGCUUCUGUCAGAGAAUCUUUCCACCACAGAGACAUCGCUUUUUUGUUCAUAGUGCUCAUAUACCAUCUCAACGCUCGAGAAGCUAUAUCCUUUUUGCAAGGAAUUUGCGAAUUUUGGCACGCAUACAGGCCAAAGGCUGGAAACAGUAACCUAAGAACUUGCAAAAAAAAAAAGGAAUCUACUUUACUUUGCUUUGCAUGUUCAUGUUACGACUAUUAUGCCACCACUAAAGACGAAUGGAGCAACAUAAUUUCAACGCCCUGCCUUUUGAUGAUAAUUCAUCUUGGAUUGUAUAGAAUUCAAACAUUGGUACAUUGGUACAUUGCUAUCAAGAUUUAUGAUGAUCUUUCUUUAUAUUUGAUAGCUUUUUAA